UUGUCAUGGCGUCCGUGACUUUUCGCGACUGUUUCCUCUGCGUUUCUGCUUUAAUUACCUUCGUGUCCGUGUUUGUGACCGGUGCAGACUUUGUUCGCUUCGUGUCGUUUCGUGCCAUCUAUCACAACCUGAGCGGAGCCGCGCCUCUGUGUCGAGACUCUGUGCCCUGGUCUGUGGCUCUGCGGGACGGGGUGGUUCUGAAGGCGGUAGCUGUGGAUGUUUUCCUUCUGGUCCUCUUCAGUCUCCAGCACAGUCUGCUGGCCUGGACUCCAGUUAAGCAAGUCUGUCAGAAUGUGUUUGGGGUUUUAUCCAGAUCCGUGUACUGCUUCACCACCGCCGUAGCACUGCAGAUAUUGAUGCACUACUGGCAGCCGAUCACCAGCGCCCCCUGCCUGUGGUCAGUGCGCGAUGCACCCUGGGAUAUCUGGUUCCCGCUCAUCUGUUUUAUUUUACACUUCCUGUGCUGGGCCAUAAUCUGCAGCAUCCUGCUCAUCUUCGACUAUCCAGAACUACUGGGCAUCAAACAGGUGUAUUAUGAGUGUCUGGGUCUGGGCGACCCUCUCCUGCUGAAGUCUGAGCGCGCGCAGCGGCUCUAUGCUCACCUCAGGCAUCCCGUCUGUGUGGAGCUGCUCACGGUGCUCUGGCUCCUCCCCACGUUCCCGCUGGACCGGCUCCUGCUGGCUGUGUACCUGUCCGUUUACCUGAUCCUCGCUCACUCGCUGGACACCCAGGACUGCACUUACCUGCGCCGCCAGCUGCGCAGCAAGCUUCAGCUCUUCUCCGCACCACUAGAGGGCAGCGAUCAGAGCAACAACACUCAUAAGACAGACUGAAUGAUGAUAGGCAUGGUCAAAUAAGAGUGUAAUGCUGCCUUCAAGUUGUUACCUAGAAAACCAGAAGUCACUAAACUAUGUUUGGACAUUUUCAUAUUUCUUUCCACUCAAAAAGUCAGGAAGAUUUUACCACUAGUGCAACCGAAUGAACAAGAAGUGAUGCAAAUGUAGUGUGUAACGGAGGCUUUAUCUGUGCAUUUCAUCAUUUAUGUGCUGCUACAGAGAAUGAUGGGAAAUGUACAGUAGUUUUGUUGCACAAGCCUCUUGCCUCAAAAACCAACUAUAUUGUAGUUCUUCACCAGUACACAAAUGCACACAAACUAAAUUGUGCUGUUAACAGUUAAAACUUCUUAUAAUCAAAAAAACAAUUUGCUUGCACCUUGAUUCUUUAAUUGUCCUGACACUUUUUGACUUUGGGUGGCAUAAAUAUGGUCAUACUGAUGUGACUUGAAGGCAGCAUUACAAUUAAAGCUAUAUUUGGAAUGAAAUACUAGAAUACUGCACAAUAUACACUAUAAACUUUCCAAA